AUGCUGAUCGGUAUAUGCGGCGGCAUAUGCGCCGGGAAGCAUGCCAUCGCCGAGUAUCUUAUCCGCGAGCAAGGGUUUGAGCUACUGCAGUUAGCAACUAAGAAUCCGUUGCACAUAUCGAAUGAAUCGAAAGACCCUGUGCGCUUGGAAGACUCCGAGAGGGAGGGGUUGCCGAGUCGUAAAGACGAGACAGUUUUCGAGACCGUGGAUUCGUUGCUUGAGUUCGUCACGAAACAAUGGACAGGUCGCUGGGUGACAACAGAUAUCUGGGAUCACACAACCUUGGAUAGACUCCUACAAAGGCCAUUCUUCUUGCUUGUGAGCGUAGAUGCGCCGGUCAGCCUGAGAUGGCAACGAUUUCGAGACAGGUGUACGCCCCAGAAAAUAAGUCCACCGGAUCUUGAAGAAUUCGUCCUGUGGAACGAUAAGCAUUUAUAUGAUAGGGAAAUCGGCCGAGCUUAUCUCACAGACAGAGCGCAGGUCCGCUUGUUCAACGCUUCGUCAUCAUUAGUAGAGCUACACGCAGCUUUGGAAAAAUUGGAUUUAUCGAACGACGAACGAUUGCGGCCGACAUGGGAUCAGUACUUCAUGCAACUGGCAUCACUUGCCGCACAAAGAAGCAAUUGUAUGAAGCGACGAGUGGGAUGUGUCAUUGUUCGAGACCGUCGCGUUAUCAGCACUGGAUACAAUGGAACCCCACGCAACAUAACGAAUUGCAACGAAGGAGGAUGCCCUCGAUGCAACCGCGGUGAGGGUGGAGGCGCCGGCCUAUCGACAUGUCUGUGUAUCCACGCCGAGGAAAACGCCCUGCUAGAGGCCGGCAGGGAAAGAAUCAGAGAAGCGCAAGUCGGCAUCUCCGAAGUCGUGUACUCGAAGAGCUACAACAUGGACAAUGAGAGCGCGGCGAUCCUCAAAGCUGCUGGGGUCCAACUCCGCCAAUUUUCUACGCCCCCGAAUGGGCUAACAUACCUUCAAAACCCUGAGCAAUCUGAAACAAUGCCUAUUUUGUCCUUGGUGAACGCAAUCAACAAAGUCGGCUAUGAUGUGGAAUGGGUCAAAUCCCCAGCAGAAGUUCGCAAUGCAGAGACAUUGAUCUUACCCGGAGUGGGACAUUUCGGCCAUUGUCUUUCUCAACUCUCGGCUGGUGGCUUUUUAGAACCCAUCAAAGAGCACAUCGAGUCUGGUAAACGUUUCAUGGGUAUUUGUGUUGGUUUGCAGGUCUUGUUUGAAGGAUCAGAAGAAGAUCUUCAGACCCCUGGCUUAGGCGUGAUCCCCUCCCGCCUACGCAAGUUUGACGAUUCAAGAAAAAGUGUGCCACAUAUUGGAUGGAACUCUGCCAAAACAAGCCACAAUGAGGAUUCCCAAUCCUCUAGUAUUUACGGAUUGCGUGAAGAAAGCAAAUACUACUACGUCCAUUCCUAUGCAGCGCCUUAUGAACCCGGUGUUCUAGAGAAGCAGGGCUGGUCAAUAGCCACUGCUCAUUACGGAGAAGAAGAAUUCAUUGGAGCUAUAGCACGUGGUAAUGUGUUUGCGACACAGUUCCAUCCCGAGAAGAGUGGACAAGCUGGAUUGCGCACUCUCCGUGCGUUCUUGGACGGACAGCUUUCAGAGAAACAGGAAACUUCUUUGCCCCCGAGCGAAGGAAGAGAUGGAUUGACUAGAAGAGUUAUUGCUUGUCUCGAUGUACGCACAAACGAUCAAGGCGAUCUGGUCGUCACGAAAGGAGACCAGUAUGACGUCCGGGAAAAGAGUGCCUCUGGUAGCCAAGUCAGGAACCUGGGAAAACCAGUCGAUAUGGCCAAGAAGUACUACGAGCAAGGAGCAGAUGAAGUCACAUUUCUCAACAUAACAUCUUUCCGCAAUUGUCCUCUGCAAGAUUUACCGAUGCUGGAAAUUCUACGGCGUACAUCAGAGACGGUGUUUGUGCCGCUGACAAUUGGAGGCGGUAUUCGAGAAAUGACAGACACCGAUGGCACCCAGAUAUCGGCCCUGGACGUUGCGAAGAUGUACUUCCAGUCCGGUGCUGAUAAGGUAAGUAUAGGCUCUGAUGCCGUGAUCGCCGCCGAAGAGUAUUAUCAGAAUGGGAAGCAACUAUCGGGAAAAACCGCCAUUGAACAGAUCUCCAAGGCAUAUGGAAACCAAGCUGUGGUUGUUAGUGUCGACCCCAAACGGGUCUACGUGAGUGGCUCGGAGGCAACAACCCACCACACCAUCAAGACGGCAUUCCCAAAUGCAAAUGGACAAGACACAUGUUGGUACCAAUGCACUAUCAAGGGCGGCAGAGAGAUGCGCGACAUUGAUGUUCGACAACUCGUGCAAGCCGUCGAAGCCAUGGGUGCUGGCGAAAUUCUCUUGAACUGCAUCGACAAAGAUGGAAGCAAUAGCGGCUUUGACCAUGAACUGAUUCAAGACGUCAAAGAUGCUAUCAAGAUUCCAGUUAUUGCUUCUAGCGGAGCUGGAAAGCCAGCGCACUUCGAGGAUGUCUUUGCGAAGACCACGACUGAUGCAGCGCUAGGGGCCGGAAUGUUCCACCGAGGAGAGUUCACGGUCGAUGAUGUCAAGAACUAUUUAGUGGAGAAAGGAUUUUUGGUCCGAAGGCCAGAAAAUGAGUGA